AUGUUGAAGGAAGUUGAUAUUUCAGCCAAUGAACGCGAAUUUAUUUUGGAGGCCCUUCAUAAAAAUAUUCGCCUUGAUGGCCGUGCUUUGGAUCAGCUCCGUCCGCUCAUGGUGUCGUUCGGGAAUGAAUGCGGACAUGUCAAGCUCCAAUUGGGCAAAACUAGCGUUGUCGUGCGCAUAUCUGCGGAGGUGACAAAACCCCACCCUGAGCGGGAGAACGAUGGAAUUUUUACAGUUGUGGUGGAACUUAAUGAUAUGGCUUCACCUGCUUUCAAGACGGGGUGGCAAUCAGAGAUGGAAACACAACUCGCUCGUAUCCUUGACAGGAUAAUUCGGCGAUCCAAUGCACUCGAUACAGAAUCACUGUGCAUAGCUGCUGGCAAAAAUUGCUGGCAUAUUCGGGCAGAUGUACAUGUCAUUGACUCUGACGGGGGACUGGUGGAUAGUUGUUGUCUUGCCAUCAUGACUGCCCUGCUCCAUUUCCGUCUCCCGGAAGCCAUUGUUCGUGAAGGACGGGUAACUGUCUUCAGCCCAGAGGAAAGGGUCCCGUCACCUCUGAAUCUCACCAAACUCCCACUCUCUACUACGUUCAACAUAUACGAUGAGGGAAGAAUCAUUGUUUUAGAUGCGGUGUCGAAAGAGGAAGCGGUCAGUGAGGGUAACCUCAUCAUUGCUCUCAAUAAGACCGGGGAGCUUGCUCUCUAUAUAAAAUCUGACGGAACACCUGCAGAUCCUCUAAGCAUGAUUUCAUGCUCAAAUGUGGCGCUGGCCAAGGUAAAUGAGAUGAGCAAGUUCAUAUCCACGAAACUGGAGGAGGAUUCGAAGAUACGAGAACAGAAACGCCAGAGUGUGGCCGAAUCAAGCGCCGCUAAUAAAAGGCAAUUAUGA